UCUGGGAAAACACUUUGUUGUGCAAUCUAUACGAGCAUUUUAUCCAGCCCUUAUUUCCGCAGAACUUCAAUAAUUUCGCUAUAAUUUUGCCUGAAAAAUAGCGACCUACAGGAACAAUAUAUUAUCGGUUACUUUUCCUUGGCUAGUACAGAGUAUGUUGGCAUUAACAUCACGUUGAGAUUUUAUGCGAUUUGUAGCCGCACAUACAAUAAUGCAAAUUAUUGGACAUUGAAGGUCUAGUGGAAACUCGACAUUAUUUAAAAUGUCAUGCGUGGGUUUGUAGCAGAUGCUUUAGGGGAAAUGGUGCAAAGCAUGCUAUUUAGUGAUGUAAUGCUAUUUUUCCAGUUAAUUUGCACGCCGUUUCCUCCAGGAUGUAAGGGUUACUCCAGUGAAUGAUGAUAAGCAAAGGCUUGGCGCAGAGCUCCCUCCAUGUUUCUGUACAAUAAAGUUUCCUUAUUCAAAGUCCUCCAGCGUAAUGGCGGCUCCCAUGGCGUGGAGGAGACUCGGGUAUCCGGCUUUGGCGCCGGCCUUGUGUUGUGUUUUUAACCGCAUUUCAGACAAAUGCUUUCGGAUGCGGGAUAGGAGAAGGAGGUCCUCAUUGCUCCUUCUUGCUCCCCUGCUGGCUGAAGCAGAGCCUGUGACCCCCCCGGCCACGUCGAGCCGCCCCAGCGUGGAGGGGCUGCCCCCGAGGUUCCGCUGGUUAGCUGAGCAUGCACCAGCCUUCCGGGUCCCUGGAGCCCAAGUCCGUGUGCUGCAUUCCCCUGCCGAGUUCUACCAGGUCAUGAAGGCACGCAUUAAGACGGCCAAGAGCAGGGUGGUGAUGGCCUCGCUGUAUCUUGGGACGGGACCCCUGGAACAGGAGCUGGUAGACUGUCUUCAGGAGGCUCUGGAACGUUCACAGGACACAACCGGCACCUCUGGCCUCUGCGUCUCCAUCCUGCUGGACUACACCCGCGGCUCUCGAGGUACGAAUAACUCUCGCUCCAUCCUGCUGCCCCUGCUGCGCCGCUUCCCGCAGCAGACCCGUGUCGCCCUCUACCACACGCCCGAUCUGCGGGGACUGCUGCGCCUGCUCGUCCCCGAGCGCUUCAACGAGACCAUUGGUGUGCAGCACAUCAAGGUCUACCUCUUUGAUGACAGCCUCAUCAUCAGUGGAGCCAACCUAAGUGACUCGUACUUCACCAACCGCCAAGACCGUUAUGUCCUGCUGGAGGACUGCCACCAGGUGGCAGACUUCUUUGCUGAACUAGUGAGCGCCGUGAGUGAUGUGUCGCUGCAACUGGGGCCGGAUGACAGCGUGCGCAUGGAGGAGGGAAUGGUGCACCCGUACAAAGGUGACCGUGCCCAGUUUUCCAGCUCAUCGCGCUGCAGGAUUAUGGAGGUGGUGGACACUGCACGGCUCCACCAGCGGGAUGCAGACUCGGCGGCCCACGGAGACACCUGGGUCUUCCCGCUGGUGCAGAUGAAGCCACUGGGCAUCCAGCUGGACGAGGAGGCCACGGUGAGGCUGCUGACCGAGGCCGGCCGGGAUGCCACCGUCUACCUCACGUCCGGCUACUUCAACCUGACGCGCGCUUACAUGCGACUGGUGCUGGCCACCCGUGCCGACUACCACAUCCUCAUGGCGUCGCCCGAGGUCAAUGGCUUCUUUGGCGCUAAGGGUGUGGCCGGUGCCAUCCCUGCGGCCUACGUUCACCUGGCGCAGCAGUUCUAUAACCAGGUGUGCCAGAGGAGCCAGCAGCACAGGGUCCGGCUGCAGGAGUACCACCGUCAGGACUGGACCUUCCAUGCCAAGGGGUUAUGGUACUACCUGCGUGGGAGCGACCGGCCAUGCCUCACCCUCAUCGGGUCCCCGAACUUCGGCUAUCGCUCUGUCCACCGAGACCUGGAAGCCCAGGUUGCCAUAGUGACUGAGAACGAGGGACUGCAGGCCCAGUUGCAGCAGGAGCAGGAAACAUUAUAUCAGAGGUCCACAGAGGUAUCCAGUUCCACAUUCAAGCAUCCUGACCGCCGUGUCAAACUUUGGGUCAAGCUAGUCACUCCAUUCAUCAAGAACUUCUUCUGAGUGGCUUAAGGACUGUGGCGUGGAGGUCUUGGCCCCCAGGUAGGUCACGUGAAUGCAAGCUACCCUGGCUGUAACGGAGCUUGGCACUCUACUGCCAUAGCUUAGAAGUCAAAGCUACGGCUUUACUGGUGGUCAGAGACCCUGACGGGACCCCGAGACGGAGUCUGCUUCUGCUUCAGGUUCUCACUGGUCAGUGAUGGCCAGAGGGCCUGGUAUUGGUUAGCAGUCAGGAGCCAUAUGCUCAGGCCUGUUAGCCGUGAUGUAGAUCCAGUGGCUUUAUUGCUUAGUGCUCCAUUUUUCCUUAGCUUCCUUUAUCAAAACAUGGAAAGCUGCCAUCGCAAUCAAGCUCUUGCUCAGAGAUGCAGGACAAUCAUCUGAAUUUAAGUGUGAGAUCUUUUUCUCGAAAGGUGCAGAGUCUUGUCCCGAUUCAGAGGUUGCAGGAUUCUUGCAGUUCAUGUAUAUAGAAUGGAGAGCUCAAAGCUUGUACCAUGCGCAUAAUUCAGAUGGGAAAUUCCUGAAUGCAACCUGCCUUUUCACAGGGUUUAAAAUUCCGUUUCAGAGUUCAGAGGUUUUUUUUUUGUAAUGCCUGCAUUUUUUUUUCUUGUUGUGGUUGGAAAAAAAUGAAAAGCUUGGAUGGAGGUCAGGGAUAAGAUAAAGCAAUGCUACUGAACCGGAAAUGAAAGCGGUGAAAUGAUGAGCACAGUCUGCCUUAUCUUCACGUGGCCUGAGAACACACGCUGCUCUGCAUGUGCCAUGUGACUCCCUGCAAAGCCACCAAAGGCAAAGUAAGAUUCUCUGAUAGCAUGGCCCAGCGAAGGCUGCAAGCUUUCUGCAGACGACUCCGCAAGGCUGCAUGUGCCUGGGCUGAAGUGGGGGCUGGGAAAUCUAACGUCUUAAUCUAUCGCCUACUUACUUAGCAAGUGAUUUCAGCGUCAUACAUAGAGAUGUUUGCACUGAGUGAACUUAAGAAGGCACAGAAUCAUAUAGCUCCACAUGCCAUUCUUCUAAGGACCUGCCAAUGGGCAGCGAGGCCCAGCUGUGUCGCUCGUCCCCUCGCAGCCACAGACAUGCAUCAUGCAUCACGCCCACACUUACUUAGAAAAAUGUGGCUGUACUUGUGAAGCAACCGCAGAGGGGAAAAAAACCCCAGAAAAACAAAGGUCGCAUUUACAAUUGUUAUCAAGAAAGUGAAUAGGGGAUUGGGUAGAAAAGUACUUUACCGUAAUUGACAGACAGGAUAAAGACGUGUCUGUUAUACCUGUCACUUUGGUAAAGGCGUUGGUAAAAAACACAUACUAAAAGCCUGCUGUCAUUGUUUCCAUAGUCACUGAACAAAGCAGGCAGAUUUAGUACAGAUUCAUAGAUAUGGACCAGUGUGCUUCACCAGUUUGAAUCCUCGGGUUAAUGCACGGCUCUGAGGAAGCGCGUGCAUUAGCGCGCUCAGGGCACACGUUAGCGUGGCAGGUUGCUGUGAGGUGAUUUGUACACUGAAGCCUUUGUCUUAUGCUGGGAAGCGGGAGGCUGUUUGGCUGGAGUGGCCUCUUUGUUGUGGCUGGGAGGGGGGGGGGGUGUCACUACCUCCUCUGCUCUCCCCUGCAGCUUUGCGGGAAAGGGUUGUGCUGGGAACCCGCCCUUCUCGUGCACCCAUUUCUGUGGGGUGGGGGGGCUGAUUAUGCCCUUUUUUUUCACAGUGGAGGUCACAGAGUGGACAGUGCAUUAGCAUCUGCGCACGCUUUAAUGCCGUGCUUCUGUCAUGCGCAUUGCUGGGAAGGCCCACUCUGCCGCUUUUACACGCUGCUCCAGCUGCAUGUGCAUGAGGGCAUGACUGAUGCCUGUAGUGAGGAUCAGCACGUCCGGCUCCACGGUACUUGAGGAAAGAGGCUUGAAAACACAAGGUCUCGGGAUAAUGCAUGGUGAAGUAAUUGCUGUCGCCUCAUUGCAGGCAGGGGGAGGGGCGGAUAUGAACGCUGUUUAAAUGAAACUGUAAGCUGGAUCAGACCAUCUACUAAGCAAAUAAAUAAUAUGUCAUGUGAUGACAAUUAGUGGUUUUAAAAUAUGGUAUUAGUUGUUAAUGGCCUUAAUGAAGGUAUUAAAUUUUGUUGUGAUGAUGAUGCCAGGCUGGCCCUUGAAUUAUUUUAGGAAAGGCUACCUCCCGGCGUAUCGCAUUUCAAAAUGCCGCAGCUACUUGAAGCUACAGGGUUGCACUUGGGUGUAUAGCAGGUGGGGCUGUUAUUUCCCCAUCUGACAAAAUGCUGAUGUGGCAUGUGGCUGCAAGAGUGAUGGCUGUAACAGACAGAAUGGCCCAUAGCUGACAGUCAGGCUCCCCUGAUAUUAUCAGCUUCUUGAAUUGAAUUGCUUAAAAGUAGGGCUGCGCGAUACCGAUAUUACAUCGCACAUGUACGAUAAUCUCCAAGGCUUCAGAUGACAGGCAAAGCAUCUGGCUGGACGCCAGCUUUCUUCGUACUAAUCAGACGUUUAUUCACACCCUAACCCUAAAAUAUUAAUGAGAUGCAUUUUGUGACACCCAUAAGUUAGUAACCUGUAUAAACUUGGCGUAUCUUUAUCUUUAAUAAACUCUGUUAGCAGAACACACCACAUAAUACUGUUUUGGUAUACUAUUGUUGUGUGUACUAAGGUGCAAUAGGCACUGCAGCAGGGCACACCACAUAAUACUGUUUUGGUAUACUAUUGUUGUGUAUACUUUGGUGGAAUAGGCACUGCAGCGGGGCACACCACAUAAUACUGUUUUGGUAUACUAUUGUUGUGUGUACUUCGGUGCAGUAGGCACUGCAGCGGGGCACACCACAUAAUACAGUUUUGGUAUACUAUUGUUGUGUGUACUUCGGUGCAGUAGGCACUGCAGCGGGGCACACCACAUAAUACAGUUUUGGUAUACUAUUGUUGUGUAUACUUUGGUGGAAUAGGUACUGCAGCAGGGCACACCACAUAAUACUGUUUUGGUACACUGUUUGGUAUACAGUGGCGGUGAAGGAAGGGACAGUUCUGCAGCCGCAGCCACAACAUCUUUUAAAAGAGGAGAUCUUGUGGAUAAAUAAGGUAAAAAGACAAUGGCUGUGUGCUGGUACUUUUUGCAGGUAAGUCUGACAGCAUAAGGAUAUGCUGAAUUUAUACUGAUUACUACCUUUUGAGCAUCAUACAAUGCCUCAUUCGUAUUUUAGGCAUAUUACUAAACUGUUUACCAAAUUGUGGGCACAAAUAAACAUCCGUAUAGCACCGAAAAGCUGCCGUCCAGCCAAAAUGUUUCACCGGUCAUCUGAAGCCCUGGUGAUUAUCGCGCAUGCGCGAUAUAAUAUCGAUAUAUCACCCAGCCCACUUAAAAGGUAACACUGCCAUUCUGUUUAAAUGUACUGUGCCCCAUUAAGUUGUUUAUUUUAGCAUUAAUUUUCUACAUUUAAGUUCUGGGGACAUUUUUUGUUCUGUCAACCAGAGAUCAGUUAGAUUAUAUUUAUUUAAUUUUGUUUUUUUUAGGGAAAAUCUCUAGAUAGCCUGUAUAGGUUUUUAAAUGAGAAAUAUUGAAAGCCUUGAUGUUGGCAAACCAUAUCAAUUACAGGAGUUAUGGAAGGAGCUGCAGCGUAAUAUACCUAAAUGUGUGAAUGAGUGAAGGUAUAUUAUGGUUUCCACACAGAGCUGUGACUGUGUAAUAAGGACCAGCAUCAUUACUCUGGCAAUUUAACCAUGAUAAAUUGUUCCUAGUGUUGUAUUUAUAUCUGGAUGUGUGGGUAGACUGAGUAAAACAUCGAUAAGAACCCAAGAACCAAUUACAUGUGGUUACAUCUCAGGAUAAUUAGAUUGGAUUUACAGUAAUAUAGAUCUGUAGAUCUCAAGGGAUUUGAGGAAACUACCAUCUUUCAGGGGAGGAUUCUGCAGCAAGCUGGAUGUGCACGCCGAGCUUGGGAGGUUCCAUGGAGCUAAGCCAGUGUCUGUGGCACGUGCCACCCUGCUGGAAAGUCCGAGGGCCUGGGGCACCUGCAGGGGAAGGCCUUCCAGCAUAGCCUCAUGGGUCUUUUUAGAUGCUCUCAAUCUUCUACAGACAUUUUUUUUAAGAACAGGAGGGUGAUAUGGCCCUGAGGCGAUUUUUACCUCUUGUGUUGCUUUAAGAAGUUUCAUCAGUCUACUGUGCUGUUUGCGUUUUUGUAAGACUGCAUCCUUUGUGUUAUACCCAAGUGAAUGUAUGCCCUUAGGAAUCACAUUUCACUAUGCCGUGUUUCUCAGGGUUCAUACCAGGCGCUGAUGCCUGAGGAGGAAGACGGGAGCGAAGGCUUCUGCAUAUUCAGACGCGGGCAAACAGCUGCCAACACCCACCUGCCUGGUUUCUUCAGGGUCUUCAGAUUGAAGGGCUUGUAUACGGAACACUCGUAGGCUUUUUGGUUCCCCUGCCAGUCUGUGGGGCUGGGUAUGAUGAAGAUGACCGGCGUGGCGGAUGUCGGCGGCUCCUGCUUUGCCCCUGUGAUUGAUCCUAUUUAUGUGUUCCAGCCUGGCCCUGAAAAACACAUAGGCAAGUCUCUCAGGCCGGCACGGACUUCCCCAUGGAAUACGGUCGGCCUCGUCUAAGCAAUCUGCAGCACAGAAGCCUCCGGCCUCUUUGCUGUGGCUGGUCCGCAUCACCCUGCGUUCAGCAGCUGCCAGUAACUUCAUGUACAUUAGCGUCAGACCUGUAUCUGACAGGUGUCCCAUACUCAAGCUGCAUGUCUCUGGGAUAAAUAAGAUCUCUUCCAAUUGUGAAUGCCAGCUGCUUUUGAUUUCUGACUUCUAACUUGACGUGAGAUCCCCCGGAAGUACCACCAGUAAUGCUGCAGGUUUUGAUAUCAGCAGAGUGACUGACAGAAGCAUUCAACAUUCAUCAUGCGGCUUUAUUACCCAAAAAAGCAAUGUACUACUUGAGCUCAAAGAACCUUCAGUUAGAUACCUCAAAGGUCAUUAUCUCUUCUGUUAGUUUGUCGUAUUGUACAGUGUAAUUUUUUAAUGACAUAAAAAUAUAUAAUGUAAGAUUUUAAAUAAAAUUGAUGUUUAAAUAA